AUGACACGAAUCUAUCUUACCACGAUAUUGGCUCUUCUGCCACUGGUCAAUUCACAACAAAUUGGACUCCCUGACCUCCACCCAAAACUAGAGACAUGGAAGUGCACAACUAAACACGGCUGCACCAAGCAACAAACAUCAGUCGUCUUAGAUGCACUUUCCCACCCACUCCACGAAGUAGGAAACCAAACUGUUUCCUGCGGAGACUGGUCAAAUGGACUGAACACCGACCUCUGUGCAACAGAAGCGGAAUGCGCCGAGAACUGCAUUCUCGAUGGAGUCAACUACGCAGCACAUGGCGUAGCAACUAAAGGCGAUUCCCUGAAACUCCAUCAAUAUAUGAAAGUGGACGGAACAUACUCAUCCGUUACUCCACGCGUCUAUCUCCUCAACGAAGACGGAAAGAACUAUGAUAUGCUCCAACUCCUCAACCAGGAAAUCAGUUUCGAUGUGGACGUCUCAACUCUCGUCUGCGGUAUGAAUGGUGCGUUGUAUCUCGCCGAGAUGUUAACAACCGGCGGACGAAACGAGCUCAAUCCGGCUGGCGCGCAAUACGGAACUGGGUACUGCGAUGCGCAGUGUCCAGUUCUUCCAUGGGUAAAUGGCGUCGCAAAUUUUGAGUCUACCGGCGCUUGUUGUAACGAGAUGGAUCUUUGGGAGGCGAAUGCAGUUUCCACGGGGUAUACACCCCACGCGUGCAAUAUCACGCAGGUGUAUGAAUGUUCUGGAGAUCUCUGUGGGAGUGGUGGUGUUUGUGAUAAGUCGGGCUGCGGGUUUAACCCUUAUGCGCUGGGUGAUCAUGAAUAUUAUGGGUAUAAAGGAGUUGUUGAUACGAAGAAGCCGUUCACUGUUGUGACGCAGUUUUUAACCGAGGAUAAUACCGCUCAGGGGGCGUUGAAGGAGAUUCGUCGAUUAUAUGUGCAAAAAGGCAAGGUGAUUCAGAAUGCUGUGACAGAAGUGUCUGGUAACAAGGUUGAUUCUAUCACCGAAGAGUACUGCUCACAUUCUGCUAGCUACUUUGAGCAGAUGGGAGGGUUGACGCAGAUGGGCAAGGCGCUUGGUCGAGGAAUGGUUUUGGUUUUCAGCAUUUGGAAUGACUCGGGUGCUUUCAUGAACUGGCUUGAUAGCGGUGAUGCAGGGCCUUGCAAUAGCACCGAGGGAAAUCCGGAACUGAUUCUUACGCAGCAUCCUGAGACAUCUGUUACUUUUUCCAAUAUCAAAUGGGGAGACAUAGGGUCUACUUUCAAGGGAAGGUAA